AUGUUGGCCACUAGUACUGUUCCUUCAGAUAUAGCAUCAACAUCAACCCCCACUCCUGCAAUGUCAGCCACUAGUACUGUUCCUUCAGAUAUAGCAUCAACAUCAACCACCACUCCUGCAAUGUUGGCCACUAGUACUGUUCCUUCAGAUAUAGCAUCCACAUCAACCCCCACUCCUGCAAUGUUGGCCACUAGUACUGUUCCUUCAGAUAUAGCAUCCACAUCAACCCCUACUCCUGCAAUGUUGGCCACUAGUACUGUUCCUUCAGAUAUAGCAUCCACAUCAACCCCCACUCCUGCAAUGUCAGCCACUAGUACUGUUCCUUCAGAUAUAGCAUCCACAUCAACCCCCACUCCUGCAAUGUCAGCCACUAGUACUGUUCCUUCAGAUAUAGCAUCAACAUCAACCCCCAGUCCAGCAAUGUCAGCCACUAGUACUGUUCCUUCAGAUAUAGCAUCAACAUCAACCCCCAGUCCUGCAAUGUCAGCCACUAGUACUGUUCCUUCAGAUAUAGCAUCCACAUCAACCCCCAUUCCUGCAAUGUCAGCCACUAGUACUGUUCCUUCAGAUAUAGCAUCAACAUCAAUCCCCCGUCCUGCAAUGUCGGCCACUAGUACUGUUCCUUCAGAUAUAGCAUCAACAUCAACCCCCAAUCCUGCAAUGUCGGCCACUAGUACUGUUCCUUCAGAUAUAGCAUCCACAUCAACCCCCACUCCUGCAAUGUCAGCCACUAGUACUGUUCCUUCAGAUAUAGCAUCAACAUCAACCCUCACUCCUGCAAUGUCAGCCACUAGUACUGUUCCUUCAGAUAUAGCAUCAACAUCAACCCCCACUCCUGCAAUGUCAGCCACUAGUACUGUUCCUUCAGAUAUAGCAUCAACAUCAACCCCAGUCCUGCAAUGUCAGCCACUAGUACUGUUCCUUCAGAUAUAG